AUGAUGUUCCGCACGGUUAAGCCUGAAAGUCUUCUCGCUCAUCCGCUAGCGACACACGAGCGAAAUGCACUUAUUUUCACAGCGCAAGGAAAGCCAACCAGCAUUUAUACAAUACCCGAAGACAACUGGCAACAUUCAAACACAAUGAAAACGUCUGCAUAUACAGAUGACAAAAAGCCAUUAUCGAAAGAUAUUGAAACAACCGCUGAUAACCUGAAAUUCGAGCAAGUAUGCUAUCUGAAUCUAACGGGUAAACUAGCAUCGAAAGAAGACAAAACGGCAAUCACUGAAGCCUUGAAGAUAAAUAAAACAUUGACUACGCUGUUGAUAGCCCGGAAUAAUACAUCGGAUCAAGGCGCAAUGGCGAUCGCUGAAGCACUGAAGAUAAAUAAAACAUUGAGAACGCUGGAUAUAAUCCACAAUAAUAUAUCGGAUCAAGGGGCAAUGGCGAUCGCUGAAGCACUGAAGAUAAAUAAAACACUGACUACGCUUUCGAUAUCCGAGAAUAAUAUAUCGAAUCAAGGCGGAAUGGCGAUCGCUGAAGCAUUGAAGAUAAAUAAAACACUGACUACGCUUUCGGUAUACAGGAAUAAUACAUCGAAAGAGAAGAUAGAAGGAAUUAAGCGAGCAUGGAAUAAGAGAUCAUUGGAUCUCUAUUGUUGA